CGUCGGCGGCAGGGCGGGCCGCGCCGGCCGAGGACCGCGGGAGCUGCGGACGGCGGCGGCGGCUGAGCGCCAGACCAUGGACGGGGACGCCAUCUGCAGCGCCCUGCCCACCGUCCCCUACCACAAGCUCGCCGACCUGCGCUACCUGAGCCGCGGCGCGUCGGGCACCGUGUCGGCGGCCCGCCACGCGGACUGGCGCGUUCAGGUGGCGGUGAAGCACCUGCACAUCCACACCCCGCUGCUCGCCAGUGAAAGAAAUGAUGUCUUAAGAGAAGCUGAAAUUUUACACAAAGCCAGAUUUAGUUACAUUCUUCCAAUUUUGGGAAUUUGCAAUGAGCCUGAGUUUUUGGGAAUAGUUACUGAGUAUAUGCCAAAUGGAUCAUUAAAUGAACUCCUACAUAGGAAAACUGAAUAUCCUAAUAUUGCUUGGCCAUUGAGAUUUCGCAUCCUGCAUGAAAUUGCACUGGGUGUAAAUUACCUGCACAAUAUGAAUCCUCCUCUACUUCAUCAUGACUUGAAGACUCAAAAUAUCUUAUUGGAUAAUGAAUUUCAUGUUAAGAUUGCAGAUUUUGGUUUAUCAAAAUGGCGCAUGAUGUCCCUUUCACAAUCACGAAGUAGUAAAUCUGCACCAGAAGGAGGGACAAUUAUCUAUAUGCCACCUGAAAACUAUGAACCUGGACAAAAAUCAAGGGCCAGUGUCAAGCAUGAUAUAUAUAGCUAUGCAGUUAUCACAUGGGAAGUCUUAUCCAGAAAACAGCCUUUUGAAGAAGUCACCAAUCCUUUGCAGAUUAUGUAUAGUGUGUCACAAGGACAUCGACCUGACACUAAUGAAGAAAGUUUGCCAUUUGAUAUACCUCAUCGAGCACUUAUGAUCUCUCUAAUAGAAAGUGGAUGGGCGCAAAAUCCAGAUGAAAGACCGUCUUUCUUAAAAUGUUUAAUAGAACUUGAACCAAUUCUGAGAACAUUUGAAGAGAUAACUUUUCUUGAAGCUGUUAUUCAACUAAAGAAAACAAAGUUACAGAGUGCUUCGAGUACUAUUCACUUAUGUGACAAGAAGAAAAUGGAGUUAUCUCUGAGCAUAUCUGUAAAUCAUGGUCCCCAAGAGGAAUCGUGUGAAUCCUCUCAGCUCCACAAAUGUGGUGGUUCUCCCAGAACCUCAAAGUCCCUGUCGGCUCCUCAAGACAAUGAUUUUUUAUCUAGAAAAACUGAAGACUAUUCUAUACUGCAUCACUGUCCAGUAAAUCACAGUCAUGAUAGUAACACUUCUGUGGCUCAAAGGGUGACAUUCUGUGAUCACAAGACUGCCCCGUGCUCUUUAGCAGUAAUAAAUUCACUCUCAGCUGAGGGAAAUUCAGAGCGAUUACAGCCUGGUAUAGCCCAACAGUGGAUCCAGAGUAAGAGAGAAGACAUUGUGAACCAGAUGACUGAGGCCUGCCUUAACCAGUCGCUGGAUGCCCUUCUGUCCAGGGACUUGAUUAUGAAGGAGGACUAUGAACUCAUUAGUACCAAACCUACAAGGACCUCAAAAGUCAGGCAAUUACUGGACACCACUGACAUCCAAGGAGAAGAAUUUGCCAAAGUUAUAGUACAAAAGUUGAAAGAUAACAAGCAAAUGGGCCUUCAGCCAUACCCGGAAAUACUUAUGGUUUCUAGAUCACCAUCUUUAAAUUUCUUUCAAAAUAAAAGCUUAUAAGUGACUCUUUUUCAAGAAGAAAAGUGAGUUUAUAAAAGGAUAUUUUAUAUUUCUGUGGCCUUGAGCAUAUUGUUUUUAUAAAAUCUAUAUGAGUAUUAGAAGCUUUAAUGAAGUUUCUUUUUCAGGUAAAUAUUAGUCUCCUAUGACAUUACAUUUUUUUUUUUAAUUAAUAUAAGUAGAAAGUUUGCAUUUUGCUACAAAGUUCAAUUUUUUGUCUCUUUGGUUAAUUGAAACUAUUUUUUAAAGUGUAGUAAUUAUAUUCUUAUACAUAACAGUGCCUUAAGGUAUCAUGUGUUUCUGAUGGAAGCCAUUAUUAUCACAUUCACUUUCUUUGUGGACUAUUUAUUACUUGUCCGAGACACAGUUUGGCUUUAUGAAGUAUACGCUUUAUACUUUUUUUGUGUGUGUGUGAGGAAGAUCAGCCCUGAGCUAACAUCCAUGCCACUCCUCCUCUUUUUGCUGAGGAAGAUUGGCCCUGAGCUAACAUCCGUGCCCAUCUUCCUCCACUUUAUAUGGGAUGCGGCCACAACGUGGCCUGACAAGCAGUUCAUCGGUGCAUGCCCAGGAUCUGAACCCGGGCCACCAGCAGCGGAGCGCACGCACUUAACCGCUACGCCACAGGGCCACCCCCACACUUUAUACUUAAAGGAGAGAUAGUACAGCAUUCCUAUCCUACAGUCCCAGGUUUAAAUCCUCUCCAAAGGAUUGUUCAUUAAACUCUAUUGUUCAGAUUACAUUUUUAAAUUUUAUUUAUUGAAUUCUUCUUUAAAAAACUGUUUCAGGGGCUGGCCCAGUGGCGUAGUGGUUAAGUUGACGUGCUCUGCUUCAGUGGUCUGGGGUUCGCAGGUUUGGAUCCCAGUCACAGACCUACGCACCGCUCAUCAAGCCAUGCUGAGGUGGCAUCCCACAUACAAAAUAGAGGAAGAUGGGCACAGAUGUUAGCUCAGGGUGAAUCUUCCUCACCAAAAAAAGAAAAAAAAAAUUCUUUCAAAAAUGAAACAAUACAAAGUAUAUAAAGAAAAAGAGGGGGCCAGUCCGGUGGCACAAGCGGUUAAGUGCACGUGCUCCACUGUGGUGGCCCGGGGUUUGCCGGUUCAGAUCCCAGGCGCGCACCGACGCACCGCUUGGCAAGCCAUCCUGUGGCGGUGUCCCAUAUAAAGUGGAGGAAGAUGGGCACGGAUGUUAGCCCAGGGCCAGUCUUUCUCAGCAACAACAACAAAAAAAGAGGAGGAUUGGCAGAUGUUAGCACAAGGCUGAUCUCCUCACAAAAAAAAAAAAAGAAAAAGAAAAAGAAUAAUCUUUUAACAUGGGUUUCUGUCCCCAUGUCUAACAUCAACCUCUCCCACUGUCAGUAACAGACAAGGUAACCGAAGUUUAACAGUAUGAUGUGUAUCCUUCUGCACCCUUCUUCCUGCUCAUAUUUAGAGUAUAUGCUCAUUUGGGAAAGUCUUGUCUUAAUAUUAUUAUUAUCAUUAUAACACAUCAUCUUGCAACGAGCUUUUUGCACUGAACAGUACUUCACGUGCACCCUUCCAGAUCACAUAUAGAACUAACUCACUCUUUUUAAUUGCUGCAUAAUAUUAUCAGGGCUGCCUUUUUAUUCUCUUAACUCGUUCACAUCAAGUUCAGCCCAAACAUAAAGACAUAGCAUGAGUUCUUUUUUAGUUAACAGGUUAUGUCACUAAAUGAAAAUUUACAAGUAGCAAUAGCCCUUUCCUGAAAAUGUUUAUUAGCAAAGUCAGCAAAAAGUGCAAUACAGGAUAAAUAUGAAAAUACAAACUUUCAAGAAGCACCAGAAUCACAUGAAAAGAAUGAGUAACUAGAUGGCAUUGAGGCAAUUAAAUAUUUUAUUAAAGUUAUAAAAUAAGUUAAUCCCCAUUUUGGAGCUCGACAUUGACCUGUGGUGCCUUAUUGCUGUGCCUCUGAGAAAUAUAGAAUUUAAUAAGGAAAAAUGGAAACUAACCAUAUAAGUUAUCUAUUAUGUCUAUUAUAUUUUGAGGUGUUAGGAUAAAGAUUUAAUUUGGGAAACAAAUUGAAAAAAAAAUGUCUUCUUUUGGAGCCUUUCCCCUUUCUCUCUCUCUCCCCCCCUCCCCCUUCCCCCCUCCCCCUCUCCUCCCUCCCUCUCUCUCU